AUGGCUGACAGAGAUAACACUCAAAUUGAGCUUCAAAGUAAGAUGCUAUUUUCAGAAUUGGAUCAUUUCAUUGCAAAAUCACAAGAAAAGAGUGAUCGCUGCUACAAAGAAAUCAUUGCUGCGAAGUCCUUCAAGAUAGAAAUUGAAGCAUCAGUUAUCACAAGAAACAAUCUUGAUCAACAAGUAAGGGCCAAGAUUGAUAAAGCAAGGCAAUGGCUGAAUCAGAAGAUGGAUGAAUUCAAGACAAAAGAAGGUAGUCAUGAGGAUAUAGGGCUGAUUGCUGCAUCGCCGAUUUCGAGCAACUCCAAGCUGAAUUUCUUUCAGUGCUUGCCUUCUGAUCCGGAAGCAAUGGCUGCAGACCACCGUAAGUCUAGUCUUCAAGGAGACACUGAGCAACUGAUGAGUACUGCUCUUGGCAUUUCGGAGGAUACAUUGCCUGGUUCUUGGAAUCCCUUACCUGAGGAAAUUGAGCGGGUCAAGGCUUCUGUACGUGAAGGCUUGGACAAGGCCAGGGAACGUUCAUUCGUUUAUAAAGAAGCCUUGUCCGAUUUGGAUAAGUUUUUGUCAAAAAGUUUACCAUCAAAGACAACUGAUAUUGAUAAAUCCAAGAAAGAAGACAAUGGGAAUGCAUUUGGUCAUUCUGGGGAACAAGCUAUGGCUGACGAAGAUUACACUCAAAUUGAUCCAGAAAUCCAUAAUCUAGUUAAGAAACUAGAUGAGUGCAUUGCAAAGAUUGAUCAAAAGAGGCAGGUUUUAGAGAAUGCAAUUGAGUCAGAAAUCGAAGCACUCAAGAAAGAUCAAAAUGAAACCAGGGAACUAAGGUUGAAUCUUCUUCACGAAUCUGGUGCUACGAGCAGCAACAUUGAAGCUGGAAGCCGGAAGAUUGCUAAUGUGAAGCAAUGGCUGAAUCAGAAGGCACUGAUCAGUGGUGACACUAGUGGAGACCAUGAUCAGGGCAAUAAUUACUCUGUGCUUAUUGUUCAUGAUGAUCGUAAUGCUCGAGACAUCAUUUGGAGAUACGUGAUGGUAGUUGGGACAGAAAAGCAGUUUACAUUGGAAUUUCAAGAGGCGAAGAAUGGGAAAGAAGCUGUUUAUCUUCAUCUUGCUGGGGCUUCUUUUGAUCUCAUUAUUAUGGACGAUCAAAUGCCCAUCAUGACUGGAAUACAGGCAACACAGCUGUUACGUAAGAUGGGUGUUAAGAGUCAGAUUAUAGGUUUCGCUUCUGAGUCUGUCCAACAAGCUUUUAUGGACGCUGGCGCCGACGAAUGCCUUCAAAUGCCACUGGAUACCGAAUAG